AUGAAAUAUUUUAUAUCGAACAGUAUUUUAGUCUUUUUAUCGCUCUAUUCGACAAUAGCCUUUAGCAACAAUCGUGAAAACCUAGCUCAACGUCAUCCAUGCUAUUCGGUUAACAAACUUCUGAAACCCUAUAUAAAAUGGACUGAAAAACUUGCUAGUACUCAACAUAAGGUUCAAACUGAUGCUUGUGGCCAAACAAAAUCCAGUCCAGCGUGUUGUACAAAUGAAAUAUUUAAUUCUUAUGCAUUCUCACUUGCUAUUGAUCUUAAAAAAUUAUUCGACGCUGAAUUAGAUCAUCUAGCAAAUGGUCUUUCAUUAGCUAAUAAGCAAACUGAUAUUCGAAUAGCAGAGUAUGUUAAAGAAUUCCGUCAUAUAACUCUAUCGUCACUAAAAACUCUAUUCGGCACUAAAGAAUAUCAUUCAAAUAUUCAUAAUGCAACAUCGACGUUGUUCGAUAUUCUUGCUGAUCAUCAAUCGACCGAUGACGAUGUUUCGAAAUCAGCUGUGAAUUUAUUUACUCAACUUAUUUUAUCUGCUUACCGACGAUUUAUGACAGAUGACGAUGAUGUAAUACUUGAUGAUAGUUUUAAGAGAUGUCUUGUAAAUAAAGCAUUCGAUAUUGAAGCAUUACCUACACAACGUGAAUUACUUUAUACAUUAACAAGUGCAACGUCAUUAAUCAAAAUUCUACGAACGUUAUUUAUUUAUGUUGAUGCUGACAUUCAACGACUUAAAACAACUGCAACACUCAAUUCUCAACAAUGUCUACAACGGUAUGUAAGAGAAACAUUAUGUCCAAUAUGUGUGAGUACACCGUCGUCAUCAAUCAACCAUGAUAGUAAUGCGAAUGACCCAUUAUGUGAAAAUGAUUGUCGUUAUGUCAUAAAAACAUGCUUUAACGAAACAAGCAAUGCUUACAUAGCGUUUGCUUCGAUAGCUCAGGGUUAUUCGGAUGUUAUUAAACAAAUUCAGGAACAUGCUAUUGAACUGAAGGUUGUUGAUCGUCUUUCAAAGCUACAUAUUUAUCUAUAUGAUAUGGUUGUGAAUGCAACCAAUACUGAAAAAACUUACCGCCAAUUACAAAAUGCUUGUGCAAAUACAAAUAAAAAACCAUUUCAGCCUAUCGUUUCAUUGCCGCCAAUUACAAGUGAGCGACGUGAACGUGUUAAAGAAUGGAAUGUAUCAUUAUAUUUUAUGCUUGAUCAACUGCAAUCAUCGAUUAUCAAUCUUAAUACAAGUCUUACACAACAGAUCGCUGCUAAUAUUUGUUCUAAUACACAUUAUGCUGUCAAAUCAAGUCGAUGUAUACAAAUCGAUCAACAUACGCCUGGUGAUUUAAUACAAUGGCCUCUUCCAACACUAGACUCAAGCUUACAAAUAACAUCAAAUCUAGUUGUCGAAUCAACACGUAAUCAACUAGAUGAAUUAAAAAAAAAGUUGACACCUGUGCAACAAAUCAUUGUCUCGCUUCGACCAAAGAAAAAAAUGUCCCUUUACGAAUAUUUGCCCGACUUUGAAGUUGAUGGUGAUGUAGUAGACUCAAGCAACGAGGGCGAUAUACAACCACCAUCAUUACCUGAAAUAUAUGAAACUGAACAUCAAGAAUCACUUAGUGAAAAACUUUAUAAUGAAAUAGAUGCACAAACUACACGCCGACUACUCAUACAAACAACAGACUAUAUUAAAGAAAAUGGUAACAAUCGCUCUCAAUUAAUGACAUACAAUAUCACAUUACAUUUACUUGUUUUUCUUGUUUCGGUCAUUCACCAAAUCUCGUUCAGUCGUCAAUGA